AUGAGCAGAGCCGACGAGGCAAGCGGCAGCGACUUUGCCUCGUCUUCGGACGAAGAGGGGCAGCAAGUCAGAGCGACUCGUAGAGCGUUCGUUGUGUGCGAGGUGUUCCCAACCCUUGAAGAGGCGCAGAUUGGCAUCGACGUCUUAGACGGGUUCCACUACAAAUACAAACACAACUACGGCAAUGCUGGCAACGGUACUCGUAUCUACUGCUGCAUGUCCCAUGUUAAUUGCCCCAAACGGCUGCGGCUGUCUAAGGUGGAAGGCGAAGCCCAGGACGAAAGCGGAGCUCAGUUUGUUUUGGAGGAGACAGACAUGCAUGGAGACGAAGAUCAAGACACUCAGCGCCGUGGAAUUCACGGUGUGCUGAAGCGAGAGAUCGACAGCAUUCUGUUCGCAGCGCUGGACAAAAGAAGUGCCGGAAGCUGCUGCUAG